CACGCGAAGACAACGCAAAUGAAUUCGCGAGAGUUGAAUAUUUUCAACUCAAAGCGAGGAGGUUGAACUACCUGAGAGUGGCGGAGAAAGAAAGAAACGGAAAGAGGAAGCUAAUGAAGAAGAGAGAGGAAGAUGGUGGAAAGACUGACUUUGCUCAGAGAAGAAGCCAUUUGGUGCAGCUCAUUCUGAAAAACACUAUGAAAAACAACCUCAGCAGUCCUGAAAAUUACCUAAGGGACAGUUUCUCCUUGACCCCGCAGAAUGCUUUAAUUCAAAGAAGUUCUACACAAUGGGAUCUGUCAUUGCACAUGGGAGUAUUUACCAACGCAACACAGAUGAAACAGCAGAUGUCGGCCAUAUUGAAACUGAACUUGGAGCCAGGCCUUCUCAACUGGGCUCAGGGCUUCUGCAGAUGUCCGACACAAAGUAAAGUAAGGAGUGUGGUUCUAGGACAACUUUUUCCUGUCCUUAUUGUUCCCACAGGCUGGACUGAAUGUUCCUCUCUUUACUACUCAGACGGCCGGUCCAGCCGUCUCUCCCUGGAGAAAACCUUCGGUCGGUUGGUCAAAGACUCCCAGUGCCAACACAUGUUGAAGCACCUUCACAAUGGAGCCCGAAUCACAGUGCAGAUGCCUCCCAACGUAGACGGUCACUGGGUGUCCACCAGCUGUGAGGUGAGACCAGGCCCGGAGUUCCUGACGCGCUCCUACAGUUUCUACCCCAACAAUACCUUCCAGGCUCACCAGUUCUACUACGAGGACAACCACUGCACCAAACCCACCUACACUCUGGUGAUCCGGGGUCGUCUGCGCUUACGCCAGGCUUCCUGGAUCAUCCGCGGCGGCACAGAGGCGGAGUACCACCUCCACCGCGUCCAGAUGGUUUGUCACACAGCCACCGUGGCCAAAGAGCUCAGCCAGAGGCUCAACCGCAGCUGCAGAGGGGCCGUGAAGGGCCCCUGGGAACCCAGUGUGAUCUACGAGCUCUGGAGCGAGGAGGGCAGCUAUGACUGCUCCAGGGAGCUUAAUUUUGCCAUGCAUGAGCUGCAGCUGCUGAGGGUGGAGAAGCAAUACCUGCAUCACAACCUGGAUCACCUGGUGGAGGAGCUGUUUCUGGGAGACAUCCACACUGAGCCGUCCCAGAGGCUGUACUACAAGCCGUCCAGCUACCAGAGCGCCCUGCAGAAUGCCAAGAACCAUGAUCAUGGCUGCAUCGCCUGUCGUAUCAUCUUCCGCUCAGAUGAGUUCCACCCUCCCAUCCUGCCGCCACGGGCUGACCUGACUGUCGGGCUGUACGGUCAGUGGGUGAGCCAGCGCUGCGAAGUCCGCCCUGAGGUCCUCUUCCUCACCCGUCAUUUCAUCUUCCAUGACAAUAACCACACCUGGGAGGGCCACUACUACCACUACUCUGACCCCGUCUGUAAACACCCCACCUUCACCAUCUACGCCCGUGGACGCUACAGCCGAGGGCUUCACUCCACCCGCGUCAUGGGUGGGACAGACUUUGUCUUUAAAGUGAACCAUAUGAGAGUAACUCCCAUGGACGUAGCCACCACCUCCCUCCUCAACGUCUUCAAUGGUAACGAAUGUGGAGUGCAAGGGUCCUGGCAGGUCGGGGUGGAGCAGGAUGUCACCCAAACCAACGGCUGCGUGGCUCUGGGCAUCCGGCUCCCCCACACAGAGUAUGAGCUUUUCCGCAUGGAGCAGGACACUCACGGCCGCUACCUGCUCUACAACGCCCAGCGUCCCAGCGAUGGCUCCAGCCCGGACCGGCCAGAGAAGCGGGCCACUUCCUACCAGAUGCCCCUAGUGCAGUGUUCAGCAAGCAGCCAGUCCGACUACAGCAGAGUGGACGACAGCGACAGGCCUCUGCUGCACCACAAUGACUGCACAGGGUGGCACAGAGGCAGCCAAAAACACGUCACGGUGGCUCUUGUCGCAUUCGUCACAUCUCUGCUUCUCUGUUGGCAAAGCUAG